GAGGCAAGCGGCCUCCCGCAGAGCACUUCGAGGGAGCGAGCGAGCUCCGCCGAGCCACUUCCUGAGCAGCCGAGCCAAGCCAGCGCACGCGAGGAGGCCGGCGCGCGGAUGAAGACGGGACCUUAGCGAGGCCCCAGAUGGCCACCUUUCCCAAAGGGUCCUUCGGGGGCCCAAGCGAGCGGUCGUCUCGGGAGACCUUCGAGACCCACAACAGCUUUCUCGCUCUGAAGAAGCAGUAGGGGUGCUGAGGCCAUGCUGAGUGAAACUGAGACCUCCGUUCACCGAGCUCUCCAAAAAGUGUUGCUGCAGUUAAGCUCACAAUCAACUCCUUUAAACUCUGUCCAGAUAUGGAGAACACAGAGGUUGAAUCAGACUUUCUCCGAAGUGUGCAUGCCCUUCUUCGGGAACUUGAUGGCCAUCAUCCAGCCUUCCAGAGUGAGAGAGGGAUGCUGAGAUGGACCUUGCACAAGAAAAUUGACCGGAAUCCCCAAAAUGGAAUCCUCUGGAUUAAAAUUUUGGUGAAAGAACUGGAAAGAGCAGAAAGAUGUAACCAUCGGAAGUAUAUCAUCCCCCUGCUUCACACACUGAUGUAUACACUGAUCAAAGUGCCUUAUGUAUCUGAUGACCUAUAUGAGAGGGUCUAUGAUUUCUGCAAGAAGUUGCUUACUUUGCCCAAGCCUUUCUGUACUAUUGGUUUGGAUUAUGCUUGUCAGCUGAAACUAGAACGGGCAAGACCAGGGAUAUUAUACCAAAGGAAAGUCUCUGCAGAACAAGGUCUCAAAAAUGACUCAUUCCCUUAUCAGGAUAAGAUUUUCAUGUUUAUUGAUCCAGAUUUGCUCUCUGGGGCUGUAUGCCAGGCACUAGUUAAUGAAAUCAAGGCUGCUCAAAUGUUCCAGUGUGCCAGGUCCUGCAUGAUCUAUGUGAUAGCACAUGCCUUCCAAACAGGGCUGAAGGAACACUGUGAUAUGAGGAACUUGCAUGAAGUAUUUCAGGCAAAGUCCUUAGAGGAGAUUGAACACUGUUUCCAAGAAGUUAUGGCAGCCACUGAACAUGCAGGUGAAGAGAUGAAUGUGGAAUAUAGUCGAUAUGUUGAGGAACUUGAGAACAUCUACAGUACACUGCUGAAUUCUUCAGAGAGAGGGGUGAAGAAGUCUUCAGUAGACAGAGGUUCAGACAUCCCUUUACCCAACCCUAAAAUCAGCUUCCAUCUGUGGACUGAUGAAGACCAACUUUGGAAAGAGCUGGUGCAGUUUCUCCGUUCACCAAGUCAGUCUGGCGAACAGGAUUCCCUGAGUCCGGGACUGGAUGGCUUUGAAUUUCAAGAUCUGGUGCCGGAGUAUGACUGCUGUGAACAGACACGCUUCUCUGUGCUCUCCAAUGACAGUGGCAUUGAGCGAGACUUGCCCCCUCCGGCUGACGAUGUGCCAUCUUCCUGCAGUGCAGAGACUGAGCACUCCCGACUCCAGAGAAAGGGUUGUGUGCGGAAGAAAUAUGCAGAUAGUGUAGCUUUGCUUCAGAGCAAUUGCAGCGGGCAAGGUGCAAAGCCAACUGGGAAACUGCACCGGAAAUCUGGUGGUAGUACCAUGGAGCCAAUAGUUAAACUGAAAAAGCUGCAUACAGCUCGUAUCUUGGUGCUGGGUGAUGACAGAGUUCUGGGGCGCCUUGCCCAGGCCUAUCACUCCUUGAGGAAGCGGGAAAGCAGACGUGUAUUUCUUACACGAAGGUUAAAAGUGCAUUUUUAUUAUGUGCCUGUUGUUGAAGAACAAGCAACCACUUCCCUUACUGAGGGAGAACCAUGUGAGUUGGCUGCUUAUCUUGGAAGAGCUGAUCCGUGGUACGAGAGCAAUAUUAAUUCCCUCUGUUACACAAUUCCGAAGCUGGCCACUAUGCUUUCUUCACCAAGCAAAUCCACACUAUCUGAAUUGUUCAUUAUUGACGUGAUUGCAUAUUAUGUGCGACUGGGCUUACAGCCAGUUUUCUUCCAAGUCUAUGCAGUGAAGAUUUUUUUUAAUAAUGCUGCCUUGGAGCCAGUCGAGGACAUUUUCCUCACUGAAUUAAGAGUAAACUUUGAAGAAUUCAACACUUCCAGAGACAAUUUACCAACAAAGAAAAAACCAACAAUAGAAUUUCCUGGUGCAGAACUUACAUUAUUAUAUAAAAAGGUUUUGCUGAGUAACCGUGAAAAGGAUGAAAUAAUUUCUUUGCGAUCCACAGGACUUGUUAUAAAAACCAUUCCCUCAAAUGAGUUUGAAGAUCUAGUGUGCUUGACUGUAAAUAUUGAUGAAGUCAUAAAAACCUCCAACAUCUCAGGACGAUCAUAUUCUUUAAUGACGAACAGUAUACGAAUGCGCAGUAUCAGUCUCAGAAGUACUGAACAAAGGUCUUUCACUGUGUUCCUUGACAAGGAUUCCAGACGAGCCUAUAAGAAUGUUAUCAGUAUUCAAGUAUUUCCCUGCCUAGAACCCAGCUACUGUUUGCAAAAGUCAAGAACAAAACAGACCAACUUGCAAGAGGAAGAAGAUGAUAUAGGACUGGCCAAAUACUUACCUAAGUCUUUACUCUUACCCAUCAACACUUUUGCAGGCAUUAUUCGAUAAAGAAGCUGGCCAUCCUAACUCUUCAAAUCUUUUGUUGGGUUUCAUUGGGGGUUAUUCCAGCGAUCAGGAACCCAACAGGAAGGUCUCGAGAUGAAAAGAAAAAAGUGUUGCCAGAAGAACAAGUCAGGUUUUUAGCAAGAGAAAAAAAAAUCUCUAUCCAAUAUAGGGAAAUUUUGUAGUUCUGUAAUAGCAUCAGAUAAUGGAAAGCGGGCUCUGAUGCAAGAGAAAACAAGGUGUGAAAUCUUUAGGCUACCAUACUGUAUUUUCUUUGAAUGAAGUAGUUUUUUCUUUUAUCAGACUAAGAAAGAAUAGCUUUCAUUUAAUCAUUUGCAUGGCAAAUGUAAUUAGAUUCCUUACUCAGGGGUUUUAGUCAAAAUCUCAGCUGAGGCAGGUGAUGUCUUAAAUUUAUCACAGACAGACUUAUUCUAAAAAACAAUCACAGAUAGAUAAGCUUUGUCCCAAAAUUAAGAAUUUAGGUUUAAUGAAGCAGGAUGCAAUUUUUCUUUCAUUAGAAAAUGAGUGGAAUAAUGUUAUACAAAUGUGUGCAUGAAUUCCUAUCAUGUAGCAGUAGUCAAAGAAACAGGAACAUUUAAAAAGUUUGUAAAUGUACAGUGACACCUGCAUGGAAGUCCCCCAUCCCUUAAUAAUAUGUAUUAUAUCUACUUUCCUGCAUGGAGUUCAUGAAUAUUUCCUAAAGACUAGACAUUUCCUAUUUUGUAAAGCAGCUUUCCUCAAUGUUGCUCUCUAUAGGUAUGUCAGAAUUACAACUCCCAGGAUUCCCAGUAAGAUAGCCAAGUACAGUCAUGCAUUAUGUUCAAUGUUAUUUCCUGAACAGGGCAGAGUGAUUGAAGUCUGCACUGCAGAAUCAGUAAAGUGGAUUAGAGUGAGGCCUUGAUUUAAUGAACCAAUUGAGGCAGGGUGUGCCUAUUAUUCCCAAGUGUUCAUUAAGUUAGACAAUAUGUCAGGUGUGGAAGUGCCUUUACACAAUUACGUCACGUUAUGUCAUUUGGUUCACUUUAUGUCAUUUACAUAAUAACAUUAUACACAAAUUAUGCAUCAAUACAAGUAAUACCAUUUGCAUAAAGUCAUUAAACAACAUAAAUACAAUGGGAAUGUCAUCCUUUGACCCAUGCCUGUAUUUUAUGUAACUUUUGCUAUAUAAAGCAUAGCAGAGAGAUAUAUAAAAAUGGGCAAAACAGAGUCUUAAAUACUAAUUUCUCACCUUUCAUUGAUUAAUUCAAACUUUUCUAUUCAUAUCACUAUACUUUGGGUAGCUGACCAAAGUGACUAAGAGAUAGAUUAGAGAAAAUGAACUUACAUAUAACCCAGCCCAUAGUAACAGGUGGGACUAUCAGUCUGCCUUCUUUUACGAGGUUAGAGUCUUUAUAAGGCUGGCCGCCUCCUCUUAAAAUCUUCUUGGAGGAGCCCAUCCCAUAUAUAUGUACAUAAUGUUCACCACAUGUCCAACUAGUCCCCUAUUUCUGAUUGACCCCCUUUGUUUGUCUAUGAGCUAUUCAGUACAUUUCCAGGAACCUACUGUUUAUUUCAGCAUGCCUUGCAUAGCAUCUCUGCUUGUCUUGGCCAUCUUGACCUGUUAUUGUUCAUCACUCUUUCUCACUACAUCCUAAAAUAGUGUCUUUGUGACCUUCUAUCCAAUUGUUUUCCAACUUUACUGACAACUUUCUCCGGCCCUGAAGUUACCUUAGCCUGUUUGUAACUCAUUCAUGGUUCACUUGGUUUGGAUCUUCUAUGCUGAUUUUUCCAGCCUCAUUUCGGUCUCUUUUUAAAAUUCCAUUUGUUCUCCACUCACACUCUAAAAUGACUAUGUAUAAAUAAAUGUUUUUAAUAUAAAGAUAAAUAUGCCCUUGAAUCAUCCCAGGUGACUCCAAGCAGCCUUCUUGGCAGUGUUACAAAAUGGUUUGUCAUUGCCUUCUUUAGGAUCUUACAUGCACCACCACACUUUUGCAGAUUAGUCUACCCUGGAAUUCCUCAUCUAAAUACUGACAGGGCCAGCUGUGCUUAGCUCCUAAGAUCAACCAGUAUCAGCUAACCGCUGCCAUCUACUGAGGUAUGCUUUUUUAUCAAGGCCAGUUAUAAUAUAUACCUAUCCAUUAUAUAAAUUGUCAUAAUAUAUAAAAAAUCGCUCUAUUUUGCCACACUGGCAAUUUUGGGAGUUGUAAUUUCAUGAAAUGCAGAUAAUCAUACCUGAAUAAGGCUGUUGAAGAGUGCUUUGACUGUGAAAUCAGCAGUAGGUGACCAUCCUGGGGCACAGGUAUUAUAGAUGAAGGGACUUGUGACAUUCCUGUAUAUGGACAGGACUACAGGAUCAGAGUUGAAUAGUGUUCGGGCAUACACUCCUGCCUCCUCAGUAUUCUUAAAAUAUUUUAAUUGUUUUUCAUUUUGCAUACUGGGCCUUCAGGGCAGUUCAGGAAAUAAUACCAGCAAUGAAAUGAAAUGACAGAAAUAAAAAUUAUAGCCAAGUGUAACCCCGAACAACAUGAGGGAGAA